CCUCAGUUGCUCGCAGUUCGGCGUGGAAUCAAACGAGGCUGUCAAGUGGACUCAUUGCCACAUAUGGUGAAAUAUCGUAGUUUCCAGAACCCACUACCAUUCAAAUAUUUCUAAACACCCACGUCAAUUGAAGGCGAAAAAUUCUGCAAUUAAUUUCACAACUUUUCACGGACGACUUUUAAGUGAUUCGAGGACUUAUAUAAGGCACAGAUAAUGGCUGGCAGAAUUACAAUCAACGGCACCAGCCACGAAGUCAACCUGGCUGCCCUGCCGGCGGAUAUCUCGCUGAACACUUUCAUUCGAGAGUAUGCCGGAUUAACGGGCACGAAGUUCAUGUGCCAGGAGGGCGGAUGCGGUGUCUGCGUUUGCACCCUGACUGGGAUUCAUCCGGAGACCGGAGAGCCGCGCACCUGGGCGGUCAACUCGUGCCUCACGCUGCUGAACACGUGCUUGGGCCUGGAGGUUACCACCUCGGAGGGAUUGGGCAACAAGCGGGUCGGCUACCAUGCCAUCCAGCAGCGAUUGGCCAAGAUGAACGGCACCCAGUGCGGCUACUGCUCGCCGGGAAUAGUGAUGAACAUGUACGGCCUGCUGAAGUCCAAGGGCGGCAAGGUCACGAUGGAGGAGGUGGAGAACUCCUUUGGAGGCAACAUUUGCCGCUGCACUGGCUAUCGUCCCAUUCUUGACGCCAUGAAGUCCUUUGCUGUGGACAGCAACAUCCAGGUGCCUGCUGAGUGCAUUGACAUUGAAGACCUGAGCACCAAACAGUGUCCCAAGACUGGCCAAGCCUGCUCCGGCAGCUGCAAGAAGCAGCAGCCCAAGAGCAGCCAACUGUAUCCGGAUGGCAGCCGUUGGAGUUGGCCGGAGAGUCUGGGUGACCUCUUUGCCGCUCUGCAGGGAGCACUCAAAGAGAAACUGCCCUACAUGCUGGUGGCUGGAAACACGGCCCACGGCGUCUACAGACGUCGUCCGGACAUUAAGGCAUUCAUCGAUGUAUCCGGCUUGGCUGACCUCAAGGGUCAUAAGCUGAGCGCGGAUAACUCAUCCCUAACUCUCGGUGGAAAUAUGAGCCUCAGCGAAACCAUGGAGCUGUGUCGCCAGUUGGAGAAGACGAAGGGCUUCGAGUACUUGUCUCAGGUGUGGCAACACCUCGAUUGGAUCGCUAAUGUUCCAGUGCGCAAUGCCGGCACCUUGGCGGGCAACCUGGCCACCAAGCAUGCCCACCCGGAGUUCCCCUCGGAUGUGUUCAUCGUUCUGGAGGCCCUAGAUGCCCAAGUGAUUGUCCAGGAGGCGGUGGACAAGCAGCAGACUGUCAGCCUGGCCAGCUAUCUUGGCUCUUCCAUGGAGGGAAAGAUUAUCCGUGGUCUUGUGCUGCGCGCGUAUCCCAAGGAGCGGUUUGCAUUUGACUCCUACAAGAUUAUGCCCCGUGCGCAGAAUGCCCAUGCCUAUGUGAAUGCUGCUUUCCUUGUGGAAUUCACGGCAGACUCCAAGGUGAAAUCAGCUCGCAUUUGCUUCGGUGGCAUCCAUCCCGAAUUCGUGCAUGCCACCGCGAUUGAGAACUUGAUUCAGGGCAAGAAUCCCUUCGAGAAGGGAUUGGUGGAGAAGGCCUUCGGGCAGCUGUCCACCCUGCUCCAGCCGGAUGCCGUUCUUCCGGAUGCCUCACCCGUCUACCGACGCAAGUUGGCCUGUGGUCUUUUCUACAAGUUCCUCUUGAAGGUAGCGGCUCAGCGAAAGCAGGGUUUGGGCAGUCGAUUCGUCACAGGCGGUUCUCUCCUGAAACGUCCCGUGUCAAGUGGCCAGCAGAGUUUUGAGACCUUCCAGGAGCACUACCCGGUUACCAAGGCAACGGAGAAGCACGAGGGUCUGAUCCAGUGUUCUGGCGAAGCCACCUACUCCAACGAUCUGCCCACCCAGCACAACCAGUUGUGGGCUGCAUUUGUCACCGCGAAGAAGGUGGGCGCCAAUGUAACCAAAGUGGAUACGCAACCAGCUCUGGAUCUACCCGGGGUGGUGGCGUAUCUCGACGCCAAGGACAUUCCGGGACCCAACUACGUUGGGCCCAAAAUCCGCGACACUCAUUUCUUCCCCAAGGAUGAGGAACUAUUCGCCACAGGAGAGAUUAAGUUUUAUGGUCAACCCGUGGGCAUAAUCCUAGCCAACUCCAAUUCGCUGGCCAAUCGGGCAGCAGAGCUGGUGAAACUGACCUACGAAGGCGGAGCGGAAGAAAUACUACCCACCUUGAAGGCAGUGCUAGACAAAGUUGGAUCCGAAGCUGGCAAUAACAAGCGGUUGGAGCAGCCCAUCAAGUCCACCAUCGAGGUCCUCCAGCUAGAGGAACCCUUCGAUGUGAGCUCCUCCGGCCAACUGGAUAUGGGACUCCAGUACCACUACUACAUGGAACCGCAGACAACAGUGGUUCUGCCCUUCGAGGGCGGCUUGCAGGUGUACGCUGCCACCCAGUGGAUGGACCUAACCCAGGACACCAUCGCCAAUGUGCUGAACCUCAAGUCCAACGAUGUUCAGGUAAAGACACGUCGUAUUGGAGGAGGAUAUGGAGGCAAGGCCACACGAUGCAAUUUGGCUGCUGCCGCUGCUGCUCUGGCUGCUCACAAGCUGAACAGACCCAUUAGAUUCGUCCAGUCCCUGGAGUCCAUCAUGACCAGUCUGGGCAAACGCUGGGCCUUCCAUUGCGAUUACGACUUCUUCGUUCAGAAAUCCGGAAAGAUUUCCGGUAUCGUAAGUCGAUUCUACGAGGAUGCUGGAUAUCUGUCCAACGAAUCACCCAUAGGUCACACCGUUAUGCUAUCCAAGAAUUGCUACGAGUUCAGCGACAACUACAAACUUGAUGGCUACUUAGUCUACACAGAUUCGCCAUCGAAUACUCCGUGCCGUGCUCCUGGCUCCGUGGAGGGCAUUGCAAUGAUGGAAAAUAUCAUCGAGCACAUCGCCUUCGAGACUGGACUGGAUCCGGUUGACGUUCGUUUCGCCAAUAUGCUACCCGCCCAUAAAAUGGGCGACAUGAUGCCGCGAUUCCUGGAAAGUACCAAGUACAGGGAACGCAAGGCGGACGCUAUAGCCCACAACAAGGAGAAUCGCUGGCACAAGCGCGGCUUGGGUCUGUGUAUCAUGGAGUACCAGAUCGGUUACUUUGGGCAAUUCCCCGCUACGGUGGCUAUCUACCACAGCGAUGGCACCGUGGUGGUCUCCCAUGGAGGCAUUGAAAUGGGUCAAGGCAUGAACACCAAGAUCUCGCAGGUGGUGGGCCACACCCUGGGCAUUCCGAUGGAAAAGGUACGCAUCGAGGCCAGCGAUACCAUCAACGGAGCCAACUCCAUGGUCACCGGUGGGGCUGUGGGCAGUGAAUCCCUCUGCUUUGCAGUUCGCAAGGCGUGCGAGACUCUCAACGAACGAUUGAAGCCCGUGCGCGAGGAGGUGAAGCCCGAGAAUUGGCAGGACCUCAUCCGGGAGGCCUACAACCGCAAGAUCAAUCUGAUCGCCAGCGAUCAGUGCAAGCAGGGCGACAUGGAUCCGUACUCUGUAUGCGGUCUCUGCCUCACCGAGGUAGAGUUGGAUGUCCUCACCGGUAACUACAUUGUUGGCAGAGUGGACAUUCUGGAGGACACUGGCGAGAGUCUGAAUCCCAAUGUGGACAUUGGCCAGAUCGAGGGCGCCUUCAUGAUGGGCUUGGGCUACUGGACCAGUGAGCAGGUGAUUGCGGAUCCGAAGACGGGCGAGUGUCUCACGAAUCGUACCUGGACGUAUAAGCCACCAGGAGCGAAGGACAUACCCACUGAUCUGCGCAUCGAGCUGCUGCCCAAGAGUCCCAACAAGGCGGGCUUCAUGAGGUCCAAGGCCACCGGAGAGCCAGCCAUCUGUUUGUCCGUCGCAGUCGCAUUUGCCCUGCAGCAGGCCCUGCAAUCAGCUCGCGAUGACGCCGGCGUGCCCAAGUCUUGGGUGACCCUCACCGCCCCGAUGACACCCGAGCACCUGGUCCUCCACUCGGGCACCGAGCCCAGCCAGUUCAAGCUCAACUAGGUGGAGAGGAAGUAUAUGAACUCGUAUCCCUGGCCGUGGGACAUGGCACGUGGCCGCGAUGGGAACGCUCCGAUAAGCACGCCAAGAUAACCUGCACUUACACCCCCACUUAACCUGGCGGAUCUGCCGACUCUGGACUAGCCGACAUUGUGUUGUCUGCACAAUAAAUUAAAAACUUAUCCAACGCUUAAUCCAAAUGACAUUCAUUGCCAGCCAGCCGUCGGCCUGGGUCAACAGAAGCCCCUGUCCAGAGCUCCAGGCAUUCGGAAUUUACAUUUUCCGGGCUCUUGCUUAAUGCUUAACACCUCAACACGCGGACACACCCCGCCAAGAGGUCUUCAUUAAUUUUAACAUAAAUUGUUGUAUAGAAAUUUUAUGCCACACGGAGCGUUAAGUGUGAUCUGGCCAAAAGGUCGGGGGCGGGCCAUUGCGGAAGCGGAAAGGGAAGGUGGGGGCAACAGUUGCCUUGCGGUCGUGGCAGAAGGACAGGCGCCUCUAAUGGAUUUUUCAAAUAUCGCCAACUGCUGUGCCCUUAAUGAGCACAUCCCUGGCGACAUUGUUCAAUUGACACACUUAUAUUGAAUGUGGUAGCUUAGAUAUAGCAUACCAGUUAUAAUUAAUAAUAUCAAACGAGGUAUGGUUGCUACCUUUGAACAGGGUACCGAUAUAUCAGCUCUAUAACUUCCCAAGAAAGCAUGUGUAUAAUAAUCAUUAGAAUCAGCUUUUUGUGUUCCUAGAAGAAACUGUUACUACAGUGAAAUAUAUACUUUGUCUUGGCAAUAAAUAGGAAUACUUUCCCUAGCAGAAACUCCAGUCUUCACUAGAAAAUGGAGCUAAGUGGGUUCGUAUUCGUAGCACUGCUUAAUUUCAUUCCCUUUGGAUGCAGCAAGUUGGUUGAUUUUUGCCAGCUGCCUUACUGUGGAACCGACAACCUAGCCUGCAAUAACCCAUCGAAAUUCAGCGUCAUGUGUCCCCCGAAUGCCAGAACCCUUUCCAUGACGACCUACCGAAAUUUAUUGCUAAGUGCCUUCAAUGAGUUUCGCAACUAUACGGCGAGCGGAAAGCAAAAGUAUCUAAAGGCAGCGGCGGCACGAAUGUGCCGAUUGAGUUACUCAAUUGAACUGUAGGAUCUAGCCCGACUGGCGGUCAUCACGUGCUCCACGCACAAGUUUUGCCUGAACUCACCGGAAUUCUAUUAUGUGGGUACCAAUAUAGGUUCCAACUACUAUUUGGGUAACUUGAACGACUACGAGGAUCUAGAACUCAUGUUGCGGAUUAUACAGGAUUGGACCAGAUAUGCGGACUAUAUCAACAUUAAAAUGGGUCUCUAUAUGCCGACAACUUUGGAGAAAAGUGGAAUUCCAAAUGCCCUACUCCUGAUGGCAGAUCGGAACACCCAUGUGGGCUGUUCGGCUAUGAGAUUCACGGUGAACUCCAUCCACAACUUCGUCUUCUUGUGCGCCUUCAGCACCGAUCUCUUCGUGGAGCGACCCAUUUACCGGAUGUCUAUGAGACCAGGAACUGCUUGCAAUCGCUUGGAUCAAACAUAUUCAGCACUUUGUGCUGUUGGUGAAAAUUACGACAACAAUAAGCCCGUGCUGAAUGCAAGGGUAUUCCAGUUGCCCCUCAAUUUAUCCAUGGGUCGACAAGCUUAUGUGCCAGCCACAUAGACCAAGCUUUAAGUAAACUUUUAAAUUCGCGCA